AUGGCUUUCAAAAAUUCUGUUUUGCUGGUUCUCGCCAUCGUCUGUGCCAACGUCCUCGCUGCCCCUUUGGCCCUUCCAGAAGCUGCGACCGAUGACACACUUGAGACUCUCUCAAGUGCAAGCACUGCCUACGUCCAUGGCUCCUAUGGCUACGACAAGCGUGCGAAGGAGACUACCGAUGACACACUCGAAACUCUCUCAAGUGCAAGCACUGCUUACGUCCAUGGCUCCUAUGGCUACGACAAGCGUGCGAAGGAGACUACCGAUGAUACACUCGAAACUCUCUCAAGUGCAAGCACUGCCUACGUCCAUGGCUCCUAUGGCUACGACAAGCGUGCGAAGGAGACUACCGAUGAUACACUCGAAACUCUCUCAAGUGCAAGCACUGCUUACGUCCAUGGCUCCUAUGGCUACGACAAGCGUGCGAAGGAGACUACCGAUGAUACACUCGAAACUCUCUCAAGUGCAAGCACUGCUUACGUUCAUGGUUCUUACGGCUACGACAAGCGUGACGAGUAG